AUGAAUUUAAAACUGCCGCUUCAAUAAUGGCGGUCGUGUAUUGUCAUCAUUGCAGGUGAUAAAGCCUAGUCAAAGUGUCUAUAAACACAAUUAUGGAUAGAAUAAUCAAAGGAAUAAUACAGUAUAGAAAAUGGCAUAGGGAAGGGAUGGUGAAACAAUUUCAAAAAGUUCGAGAUCAUCCCGAGCCGAAAGCAGUAUUUUUUACAUGCAUGGAUUCUCGGAUGAUUCCAACUAGGUUUACGGAAACAAACGUUGGAGACAUGUUUGUCGUCAGAAAUGCCGGUAACAUUAUUCCUCAUCCUCAACAUUUUGUAGACGAAUUAACAAUGUGCGAACCAGCGGCUUUAGAACUUGGUUGUGUGGUAAACGACAUAAGGCAUAUUAUAGUAUGCGGGCAUAGCGAUUGCAAAGCUAUGAAUUUAUUGUACGCGUUACGAGACGAAGAAUUUGCAUCCAAAGUGAACAGGAGGAUAUCGCCGUUAAGAGCAUGGCUAUGCGCGCACGCUAGUAGCAGUUUAGCGAAGUUUCAACAACUCGAAAUCAGUGGCUUCGAUCAGCCGAUACUUUUUCAAGCUGAAACGCCAUUACGAAAAUUCGUGGCCUAUAUCGAUCCCGAAAAUAAGUUCGCCAUAGAGGAUAAAUUGUCUCAAGUAAAUACUUUGCAGCAAUUGCAAAACAUAGCUUCUUAUGGGUUUUUGAAGAAGCGCCUGGAGAGGCACGAUUUACACAUUCACGCCCUAUGGUUCGAUAUUUAUACCGGUGAUAUUUAUUACUUUAGUCGGGCUAAUAAAAGAUUCGUUGAAAUAAACGAAUUAACCGAAACGCCUUUACUCGGAGAAAUUAAGAAAUACUAUUCAUAAAUUAUUUUAUGCUUAACACGUUCGUCAUCGGUAUUUUAUUUUAUAUGGGAAGUCGACGUCGUUACACAUACGCGAGGCUGGUAGCGAACGUGUUAAACAGUAGUUUUCAUCGAGGAGGAAUCUCAACAUUUCGUGGAUUAAGACUGAAUAACGUCUGAGGACGUUUGAUCGUAGAAUAAUUAGAUUCUCGUUCAGUCGAAGAUCUUUAUAAUGUACCUGGAUACGAAAGCAACAAGCUCUCGCCUUCUUUUUCUAUUGAGAUUCAUGGCCAUGAAUGAAGGAAGAUUAUUGUUAUAUUAUUGAUAAAUAUUUAUACUUCACGUAGAUAUAUAGAUGUUUUAAAACACAUUAUUAUUUAUAUAGAAAUUCACACAUAGCAUGUGUUCAUAUAAAGAUAUAAGGAUGCCUGGAUAAAAUGAUUUUUUUCGACGAAUAUAUUAUAAUGGUAAAAUAUUUUUUAUAUCGUUAUAUGUUACGUACGAUUUUCAUGUAUGUAUAUGUAUAUUUUUUUAACAUUUUAUAAAAAUUGUGUAUGUACUGAAAGUAACUUAUAUGUACUUACUACGGUAAUAGUAAAAAAUACAUAUUUCUUGUUAUUGGGA